AUGUCUGAAACGAAUAAGCUGGUCCAGAAGGAGGAGGCCGACGGUCUGCGCCGCCUCUGCUUCUGCGGCGUGGCCAUGAGCACUGUGGCCGCGCUGGUUGCCGUGGUCGCCGUCCCGAUGGUCUACAACUACGCCCAACAUGUGCACAGCCACAUGGACAAUGAACUCGAGUUCUGCCGCUCUCGCGGAACCAACAUCUGGAAAGAGAUCUCUCGUACUCAGGUAAGGCUGUUGACUAUCUUUGAACAUUAGUUUUGGCUUUGAUUUGCUUUCGUAGCAAUGCCAGUGGCAUGCAUUAUCUGUACGAUGGCUUAAUCUCCCCAUUCUUUCAGGGUCUUGCCUCCAUCCACCCCAGAUCCGCUCGUGGCGCCUACUUGAGCCACCGCGGAGCCAACGCCCAUCACUUUGUCGCCCACCGUCAAGCCCCACCUCAAGGAGGUUGCUGUGGUUGCGGUGUCUCCCCACCAGGACCCCCAGGACCACCCGGACAGCCCGGUCAGCCCGGACACGACGGUCAACCAGGACACCCAGGACCCGCCGGAGCCCCAGGACAAGGACCAACCCGCCCAGUCCAACACCAAGCCCCAUGCUUCAACUGCCCACCCGGCCCACCAGGACCCGCCGGUCAAGCCGGACCCAAGGGACAGCCCGGACACGCCGGAGCCCCAGGACAGCCCGCUCACGGAGGUGGCCGCGGGCCCCCAGGCCCACCAGGACCUCCCGGACCUGCCGGACACGCUGGACAACCAGGACACCCCGGAGCACCAGGAGCCCCAGGAAAAGUUACUCAAGGCCCACCAAAGGUCGGACCACCAGGCCCAGCCGGACCCCCCGGACGCCCAGGACCCAACGGACCUCCCGGAGGCAACGGACAGCCCGGACACCCCGGAGGACAAGGACCACCAGGUGGCGCCGGACCCAACGGAGCCCCAGGACAGCCAGGAGGAAAAGGAAACGACGGAGCUCCAGGUCAACAGGGAGGCAAAGGCAGUUGCGACCACUGUCCGCCACCAAGGACCGCUCCCGGAUAUUAG